AAUCAACCACGACAACCAUCAAGUAUCACGUUUGCCGACCAAUGACAACAAAUAUGGCUGCAGAAGGUAAAGAUCGCGCACUGAUUACUGUUUUGAAAAGUAAACCACUUGUAUUAAAUUUUAGCAAUAAAGAUCUUAAGGAGAUAUCCCCUGCUAUUGGACGAAUAAGCUCUAUCAAAUCUCUUAUCCUUAAAAGUAAUGUGCUAUCGGAUCUUCCCAUAGAAGUUGCAGCCUUAGCAAAGCUUGAAAAUGUUAAUCUUGGAAACAAUAUAUUAAAAAAAUUACCUUCAGUAUUUCAAUAUACACACAGCAUAAAGACACUGCAUUUGUUCAAUAAUUCAAUUGAAGCGUUGGAUCCAGAUGUUAUAUGUGGACUUAAAAAUUUAACAUUGUUAAACUUGAAUAAUAACAGAAUAAAAGAACUUCCUCCUCAAAUAAACAGAUUACCAUAUCUAAAAGUAUUGAGCUUAGAUCAUAACAAAAUAACGGAGCUACCAUGCGAAAUUUGUCAUCUAUCAGAGCUCGAGGAGCUAAAUCUGAACUCUAACUUAUUACAAGGAUUGCCAUUUGAUGUUGCUUUCUUACGCAAACUAAAAAAGUUAAAUUUGCGAAAAAAUCGCAUCGAAGUUAUACCGGAUGGAUUGUGCCAAUGCAAUAAAUUGCAAGUGUUGGAUGUUGCAGGAAAUAGAGUAGAAUCUUUCCCAGCAGAGUUUGGAAAGUUACUCCUGAAAGAAUUGUACUGCGAAGAAAAUAACUUGCUGAGACAUCUACCUGUGUGUUCAACGCAAGGAGAAGAAGUUCUUCCCCUCAAGGAGUUAACUGGUAGAUUCAUUUCAACUGCACUAAAGGACAGUACGUCUAACAUGCGUGUGCAAAUAAAAUUUUAUCCAGAAUUAGAAGAGAUGUUGAAAUCAACCUUGUCCUGCGCUGUAUGUGGUGAACCGUUUCUAAACACCUGGCUGGAAUGUGUGCAGUUUGUUGACGGCAAAAAGAUGCUUGGUACACGAAAUAAUCCUGGAAUAGUUCCAGUCCGUGGAUUGUUAUGUUCCUACACGUGCUUCAAUCGUGGUGAUCAUGACUUUUUCGGUAUCGCACAUGUUGAAAGGUGAAAAAUGGCGUAUAGCUAAGUGAUGCACUCAACAAACAAAGAUAGACAGCUGUUUGUGGGUUAUUCCACUGUUCAAGCAAGAAAAAUAAAAUGAGAACAAGAUUUUAAAAGACUUGGCUUUAAUAGAGAAAGACAUCGAUUUUAUAUGCGUAGUGAUGUAGAAAUCUUUUUCUUAGUUCCGCCUCCGCAGUUGCGUUGCCAAUACCUCCCUUUUAGUUCUUAUACCCCCAGCUUUGGGUCUCAUAGUAGCAGAGGGUCAAAAUGUUUUAUAAAAGCAUAGUUAA